AUGGAGGAGUAUGGUAAGGCCAUCAGCUUCCUCCGGGACUCCAUCCAUCUGUUUCGGGGCCUGAAGAUCGGUCCCAAGGGCAGCUGGAAACCAGUCCAGACAGGACUGGUGAUGGCCACAACAACAAUCCUGGAGGUCCAGCAUGACCUGUUGAGACAAGGGCACAAAUUUGUUCUCACAAGCCGCUUCACUCAAGACUGCCUGGAAAACACAUUUUCGUCCAUUCUUUUUUACAACGGAGGUCUAUGGGAGUGUCGUAACUCUUAUAUCUCUAGGGCUCUGGGAGAGGGGAACGCUGAGUUUAACUACAAACUAGAUGACUGCAAUUUUAAAAGACUGAUGAAAGGGAAAAAGCUCCUCUACAAAAAUGAGUUGACUUUCAGGCCCCAACCAAGGUCGAGUCCUGCAUCUUAUGUGUAUCCCAUCGAGUGUGUUUAUCCAAGACCUAAGGGGUGGAUUCCUCCUUUCCUGAACGCGGGGUCAGGUGUUGCCGAAGGCCGGGGAGGUCUGAAGUUCCACAUGCUGCUCCUAAAUGAAAGAAUAACAGCGGUAGCGGAGACAAAUGUCAUCCCCCUGGGCUCCUUCAUGCCAAUAUGGGCAACAGUGGCGCAGGAGUCCCAUCAGCCAUUGCUGCUGCUCAUGGAGGAAUGUGUGGCAGCCGCUACGCCUGAGCUGCAGGCUAACAGCAAUGUGUACCCCAUCAUUACAAAUAAGGGGUGUCUCUUGGACAGUGAGAAGGGAAACUCCAUGUUUCUCCAGCGGUACCAGUCCUCUGCAAUCACCCUCUACCUGCAGUCCUUCAAGUUUGGUCUCGAUGAG